AUGUUCGUUCCCUUUAUCGGUCUGUUUGUCACCUUGACGUUCCUCGGUGCUCGUUUCACAGUACCAGGAAUGAAGGAGCUCACUGACCGCCGCGAGCCUCUCUUUAUGCGCAUAUCGAGCGCCGUAUGCAUAGCAUCAGAGGCAAAUACAAUCCUCGACAUUGCGCAAGUCGCCACAUGGGUAUACAAGACAGCAACUCUCCCGAAAGAUCUUCUGCCCUACAACUGGGACAAUCUCUGGUGUCCCAUCAAUCGAGCAGACUUGAUCACCGAGAGGGGACUCCUAGUGACUAACAACACGGAGACAUCGCUCAUCGAUCUUUACCCCAUAUGCUAUGAGGAAGACAAACCCAGCUGGUGGAACGAUGUCCACGUCGAUCGGAAUACUGACGACAAUGCUUCAACGACAUUGCCUUCUUUCAAAGAGUUCCUAGACAUUGUCAUCGCCAUUUCCUGUAUCUCAUUACACAGCUGGACUCGCAUCACCUCGUGGGGACGCUCUGCAAAAGGUUCCCGGCCCGGAGCAGGAGCACCCUCCGACGUAUCUGAUGGCAGUGAUGAGGAUACGCCGACCUCUAUUCAGAUCCAUCCUAAAGUGGAGAAAGCGAUCUCGCGCAAUCAAGGCAGCCGAAAACUCGGCGUACAACCUUCAGACUUCACUAUCGCUGCCGAAGACCCAGAAGUCAGCCCUGUCAGCGCUGACAACAACUUCGCACGACCUGCUCCCGAAGCCCGCUACAUGCUAGAGCGACAAUGGGCUCUAGAUCUGUACCGACCUCAAAACCGUGCUCCGGGUCUGAUAAUCCGUGCUUUGGUCGCCAGCCUAGCGGCACAUACUGCACAACCCGGACCUAGUAGUCAAUCCCGACCUUACCAACUAGAGCAGGACCAACUAGAAAAACCCAACAAGAGACGCAAGAAGAACCGCCCCAGUCAAGGAAAGAGAGAGCGCUGGUCGCAGAAACGUCAAAGGAUGCGUCAACCAAGGGAAUGGGACGGUGGAGACCCAAAAGAGAGGGAGAGACAAGAGAUGGAAGACGAGGACCCUGCAUUGGCGGACAAGGACGAACAACCCGAAGCCCCGACCUCUGAUUAA